AUGAUGAACCGCAGAUCUUGUCAGCUGGUCGAGGCGGUGUGUAGUGGGACGACACUUGAAGGUAUAAAAUGGUGCGCUACUUCUAGAAAAGUUCGUAGCUCCUUUUUGAGGAGAUUCCCUGGGGGGACAUCCCGUAGAAAUUUCUUCUUCAAAAAGGAGAGCGAAAAAACAGGAGAAACGACAAAUUUUCUGGCAAAACUGAAUUUAAAAAAUUUUGUAAAAAAAGGAAGAAAUGGGGGAGGGAUAAUCUACUCGGAGGAUGGGGAUCGAAGGAAGGAGAAUUACAAUUGCCAAUCGUUAGGCCAAAAGAGUAAGGAGCAUCUUGAAAAUGUAGACACGCUAAGUGAAGGUGAUGUAGAAAGAAUAGAUAAAAUUCUUGCAGAGUUAACCAGAGUAACAAAACAGACAAAUGGAAAGGGGCACCUGCUAGAACUGAUUGGAUUAACAAGCAGCGGAGAAAAUGUCAUACAAGCCAGCCUCGUCUGCAUAAAUACAUGCGAUAGUAUACUAAAGAAAAUGUGCAAAGAGCAAAAUAUUUUCAAAAUUAUCAACAUGGUAGAUACAGUUUCAAAUAACUUAUGCAAAUUAGGAGAUGCACUGGAAUUGCUCAGAAAUCUACACACUAACCAAGGGGUAAUGGCCAAGGCACAUGAGGCUUUGGAGAAGCUGACCACGUAUAUUGACGUAAUUAAUAUUGAUGAAAAAAUUUACCAUUUUUUAAAAACGAAAUAUGAAGAGCAUGCACAUGCGUUGGAUCGGGAGCACGCAGAAGUUCUGCUCAACAUGAUAAUGUCCAUGGAAAAUCAGGGGGUCCAUAUAAAGGAUAGGAAGCAGAGACAAGAAUAUUUGGAACUCCAGGCACAAGAAAAAUAUAUUUCCUUUCAUGCUACAUCGAAUGUCGGAAAUGAGUAUGACGGUGUGUUCAUACAAAAGAGGAGACUCCUACCUUUUAUCGAUGAGGAGGUUAUACAUAAUUACGAGAAAAAAAUAAAACCUUUUAUUGAAAGUGGUAAAGUAAAGAAAAAUAACACACAUGAAAAUUACGAUUCAGCUGAAUGGAUAUUUCUCCUCCAGGACAGCUCGUUCAUCAUGACGGUGCUUGAAAAUGUCCCUGAUGAAGAAGUAGCAAGGAACGCCCAUGCGCUACUGAAGAAGCCAAACCAGACAUUCCUAAAAAACAUACUGGUGUUGCAGUAUUAUAGAAAUAUGCUAACUCAAUUUCGAAAUUUUAGAAACUUCAGUGAAUACUCUCUAAAAAAUUGCAUUCUAAACAGCCCGGAGAAGGUGCACUAUUUUUUGAGGAAUUUUUUUAAUACUGUUUUGCCCCACUUUUUUGAAGAGCUGCGUUUUGUGGAAAGGUACAUCGACGCGACUUCAUCCAGAGGGGAAAGGACGAUGACGAGACAUCUCGAGGGGGGUGCAGUAUACUGUGCGGGGGAAGGCACCUCAGAAAAGGUCUCUGGAAAUACGUUAGAACACCACACGCAGUGGUUCAACGGAGCUGAUAAGCACCCACGCAGUAUGGACGGAGGAGGGAGGCGCCCCAAGCUAACCCCGGAAAAUAUGUUCUACUACAUGAACGAAAUACGGAAGGAGAAGCUCAAAGAGAUCGAGGCGGAAAUGAAAAAUCGAUUGACUCUGUAUCAGGUUAUUCGUUUUGUCGUAAAGCUCUUGAAGGAUUCCUACGCUCUGGAGAUGGUGAACGUUGCACCGUUGCCGAACGAACUGUGGGACGAGAGCAUAUUAAAAUUUGAAAUAAGGGACGGGAGUUACACUUACGGGUAUUUAUAUAUGGAUCUUUUCGAGCGCGAAAACAAGAACCACUCAAUUGCUCAAUACACCGUUCGGUGCUCCAAGAAUAUGAACGCCUGCUUGAAGCACCAGUGGUUUGAGGAAAGCGCGCGAGAGUUCCCCUUCUUCUACGCGGGCAUCGUGCGAGACGGCAUGGACAACAAUAAAGCCAGCGGAACAACCCACGACACGCCCAACUGGCCAUCUGUUGGGCGAACCCAUGAACAAGCAUACCGACAAACCACAUCCACCUUCCUUGUGUGCAACUUCAGUACAAAAUUGAGCGCCCCGGAUGGACAAGGCGCCUCCGCGAGUGCCCCCCCUCAGGAUAACCUCUUCAUAAAUGAAAAAAUAGCCUACUCACUUGGAAGAAUAAAAAUGUCCAUCGACAAGGUAAACAUGUUUCUACACGAAUUUGGACACACCCUCCACUGCAUACUGAGCUCGACAUAUCUGCAGCAUCUGUCAGGAAAUAGAGGUGGCGUAGAUUUCUCAGAAUUCACAUCUCAUUUUUUCGAGGAAUAUUUAAACAGUUACGAUGCGUUGUUGCAACUAUAUGGAGAAAAUGGAAAAGAAACAAGCCAUAGCCGCGAGAAGACCGAAAGAAUGAUAAAAAGUUAUUUGGAUAGCAAAAAUAUUCUCUGCUAUUAUUCCAUCAUGCAGGUGACGAUUCAGUCCAUCAUUGAUCAGAUUUUUUAUUGUCUAUCGGACAAAUCCAGUUGCAUUACUGAGCGAAAUGAAUUAAUUGAGAAAAAAAUAAAUGAGUACUUCUCCGGGGUCUACUACAAGGAUAUAUUUAUACUGGACUUAUUUCCCCAGAUCCAUUUUUCCAAAACGACACAUCUCGUCCAUUAUCCUGCCAAUUAUUUCUGCUACCUGUACUGCUCCGUGCUGUCCAAGUAUGUUUGGGAGCGCACAUUCAAGAGGGAUUUGAUGAAUCCGAGGAAGGGUGCCGAACUUGUGAACUUCAUGCGCGGGGGCUCGGUCGACUCCAGCUUAAGAAACAUCAUUGCAUUGGUGGAAGGUGACUCGGAGAAGGUUCAGUACUACACGGAAAAUCCGCAACACCUGCCACUUGAAGAUUAUUUGAAACAUUACUCGGGGAAAAACAAGAGCGAGGAAUACAACACCUUUUUGGAGGCCCUUUAA